UGUAAAGUCAGCAGUGAGAUCAGAUCGCUUUCGUAAAAUGAUGGGCGAUUCGGCGAUGCAAACGGAGGGGGCCAAGGGGGCACACCUCAGCCCCGAGUCACAGCAAGCUUAUGAAGACAUUCUUCAAGCUCUCCAACGUGAUAUCAAUGUUCUCUCGGACCCAACGUCUGACCGACUUGCCAAGCGACGAGCGCUGGACCAUAUUCAAAGAGAAACACUCGGAAAGCAGGCGUAUUCUGCAGACCGAACGUUGAUGCGUCAGACAUUUACCAGUCUGUGCAAGCCCUUGGUCAAAUGCUUAUCAGACACUGUAGAGAAAUGUCGAGAAUUGAGUAGCGGCCUUAUUCUCAGAUUCUCAGAGUCCGUGGAUGAUAUCACGCCCUUUCUAGCCUACAUCGUUCCAGCCAUAAGUGCGCGAUUGAGCCAGAUUGAAAUAGUGGAGCCAUCGGAAGAGAUACGGCUGUUGCUUGUACAAAUUUUAGUACGUCUGGUCAACCUUACCGGUGCAGGAUUUAUUCCUUUCGUCGAAGACGCAGUUAAAGUGCUGCAAAGAACAUUGCAAGAUCCUUUCCCAGACGUUAAAAAGGAAUCAUGUAACUUGGUCAUACAGCUGUCACGGCAAACAAAAAAAGCCUUAGGGUAUCAUGGGGCAUCAAUCGCGAAAGCUGUUGUGCCAUGUCUUCAACACCGACAUUCCAGUGUGCGAACUUCCGGCUUGCAGGCCAUCCGUGAAGCAAUUAUGGUCGACGUUUCGGGCUUAGAUGAUGUACUAGAGACUUUGCGACAAAUUACGUUAGAUAAAUCGCAAUCGGUGCGAGAAUCUAUAUACGUCACGGCUGCAGAGUGGAUGUUAAAUCUUCCGGACCGGUGGUCGGUCGGCUACAAAAUCUUGCCCUUGCUACUGGCUGGAAUGACGGACGAGCUUCCAAAGUUGGCGGAGCUUUGUCGACAUUACAUGGACGACAUUGGAAAGCUGUAUGAAACGGACUGGGAAGAUAGGGUUAAGGAUGAGUUAGAUUACAUGCAGCUGGAUUCUGAUAGACCUCGCGUUGGUUGUCGCCACGUAAUUCGCGACAACACGCAAAAGAUUGUAGAGAAAACACUUGAAGGAUUGGCGGACUGGAAUGCGGAUGUACGAGCAAAGUCCGCUCAGGUGCUGGCCACUUUCAUCACAUAUGCAGAGGACAUGAUAACUGGAUAUGCUGGAAUUAUAUUACCUGCACUAUACAGAGUAUUAGCUGCCGAUGAAGCAACUGUCUGCAAGCAGGUUACUGGGGUGGCUGAACUUCUCGGACGUUAUGUGGAUACAGAUGUGUACCUGGAUAUAAUUCUGCCUGCAAUCCGCACUGGGGGAGGAGGGUCAACUCAAUUUCGCUUGGGGUGUCUCCGGACGUUGGCUGGUUUAGUGCGAGGUACACCAAUGUCUCGAUUCAGUAAGGCACGAUUGGAACGAGUAAGCGAUCUAGUCAGUGAAAAAGAGUUGGCACAGAAUGAGAAUACGGAAUUGCUGGCCGAGGUUGCGGGUGUUGUGGUAGAGUUAGUGAAAAAGGUGUCACCGGUACAUGUUGAGACGUCAGAAGCCGCGUCUCUCAGAUCAGAAACCGUUGGUCUGCCAAAUGACGAGGAAAUCGGCAGAGCAGGUUAUGUAAUUUUCUUGGUGCUGGCGCGCCUGAGCGGUGUUUCUGAAGAUGACAAAGUUCCGGGCGUUCAGGUUCUACGCCAAAAGACUGAAGAAGCUCUUAGAAUCUUGGCGACCGCAUAUGGUUUAUUCAGUGUUCAGGAUCUGUAUGCGCUACACUUGGACGCAGUACUUGCAUAUCUAGCUGCUGAACAGCCACAAUGGACUCGCUAUUCCCCAGAACCCCGCCUGCUCGACACCAUACUUACUCAAGCUGGGCCUUUGGUCGGACAAAGGCUUGAGGUUACGGUACCUUUACUUGCAGGAAUGGCAGGCAUUGAGAGGGAUAUCGAAGUGCGGGAAAGCAUGUUCAAAAUUACCCUAAGUCUUCUCCAAUCAUCGUCAACAUCUUUGAACUCGACCGGCCAAUUUUCCGAAUACUCGCGUACCAUUCUCUCCGACAUCAUUAUUGCCAAUGGCGUCUGGAAGCCUGGACGCAAAGCUGCCGUGUUGCGUGGCAAAGCAAUCGAAACUUUCCUGGCUCUGUUAAACGGGAAUAAUGGAGAAGAAUGCCUCGGACUCUUGAGACGGGAUGCAGUAAUGUCUGUCUGGGAACCGGACCUAAUGAAUGUACUUGUGGGAACAUUGGAGGAUGAUGAUGCAGACACUCGAAAUCACACUCUAAUGGUUUUAAGCCAUCUUCUGAGAAGCAGGCUGGAAUUUACAGCAAAUACUUUCAAAAAGUUAUACCAAGAACUACUCAAACGCAUGGACGAUGCGCACGACUCAUUACGCGUUGCGACCGCGCGAGUUUGGAGUGAUUUUUUUGAAGCAGUAACAAGAUGGCAGCAGCGCAUGUCUCCACUGAUUCAAGCUGCAGGAGGCAUGACCGCUGUAAUGGUGGAUGCGGCGGGAAAUGUAGCGCAAACUGGUGAAUUGGUAGAGGUGAAGUUGGAUGACGUUCAUUGGGCUGCAAUCGUCAAGGGGUUGACAGUACACAUGGAUGACCCAAAUGCCCAACUGCAGGAAUGCGUAUUCAAUGCCCUCAAAGCAUCUUUAAAAGUUGCACCUGCCAAUGUGAUGCGAGACCAUUGGACAGGCGUACGACUGCGACAUAGAACACCAACAUACAUUGAUGAAUUGUUAACACUGAUUCCCCAAUGAAUGAAAGCGGAAAUCGCUCAAUUAGUUUAUUAUUAAAAUUAAUUCACCGUAGUCGCAGCCCGCUCUCUCGCUUGUUCAUUUGAAUUAAAAAGGAUAUCUUUGUGCAUAUCUCCGCUGAA